AUGGCAGGAGCAGAGCAAAGCCAAAGAUGGACCCUUCGAGCCAAGACCGCACUUGUAACCGGUGGAACCAAAGGCAUCGGGCAUGCUACAGUAGAGGAACUAGCAGGAUUUGGAGCAAUAAUACAUACUUGUGCUAGAGACGAAUCUCUGCUUCACGAGUGUUUAAGCCAAUGGCAAAAGAAAGGGUUUCAAGUCACUGGUUCAGUCUGUGAUGCAUCUUCUAAAACAGACAGAGAGAAGCUAAUGCAGACUGUGACGUCGGUGUUUGGUGGGAAGCUAGAUAUCCUCAUAAACAAUGUGGGAGCGAUACGAGCAAAGCCAACGUUGGAUUAUACAGCAGAUGAUUUCUCAUUCCAUAUUUCGACCAACUUAGAAUCUGCUUUCCAUUUAAGCCAGCUUUCACAUCCUCUGCUUAAGGCUUCAGGAUGUGGUAGCAUCGUGUUCAUGUCCUCUAUUGCUGGAGUUGUAUCGCUUAGCGUCGGCUCCAUCUACUCUGCAACAAAAGGGGCGAUGAAUCAGCUAGCAAGGAAUUUGGCAUGCGAGUGGGCUAGUGAUGGCAUUAGGGUUAAUGCCGUGGCUCCUGCGGUCAUUGCAACUCCUCUGGCUGAUGCUGUGUAUGAUGAUGAUUUCAAGAAAGUGGUGAUAGCUAGAAAGCCGUUAGGGCGAUUCGGGGAGCCUGAAGAAGUGGCCUCGCCUGUGGCUUUUCUAUGUAUGCCUGCAGCUUCUUAUAUAACUGGUCAGACCAUUUGUGUUGAUGGAGGUCUCUCUGUCAAUGGCUUCUCGUAUCAGCCACAAGGUUAA